AUGUGGGAUGCUGCCACCAGGACGGGCUUCGACCCCACGGCGGCUUUGGCGCAACAGCUCUCGGACCUGGCCAUUUAUGAACAGCCGCUGCCGCCGGCAACGGCAGCGGAAGUGCCUAAACUAGAACUCUUCACGGCUGAGCCAAGAACCGAGGCGAGGUUGACGAGUCUCCAGCUUGGCCAAAGCGGUUCUGGUCACACGAGCCGCGGACCAAUUGAUGUCCUUGGGUCCAAUAGCCCCUAUACUCCCGGCACUUGGAUCCCGCAACACGACUGCGAAGACCAUGGGGCUACCAUGGGGGCGGGCGGCUCCUUUGCUGGCCCAGCUAAACCCCUAUUGCUGGCUUGCCCUUAUCUCAAAUACGAUUCAUCGAGGGAGCAUCUGCACAGGACUCACAGACAGAAGCCCAAUUGUCCGCGUUGCCGUAGCAUCUUCGAAACAGAGACCGAGGUUGGACAACAUCUCAAAGGGCAGACUCUGUGCAAAGUCGUCCAAGGCGAAGGUCUUGUCGAGGGGUUCGAUGCCGUCCAAGAGAAGCUGCUCAAGAGCAAGAAGCGCAGAAAGGGAGUCGAGACGGAAGAGGACAAGUGGAGGGAGAUCUUCAGGAUCCUUUUCCCCGAUCAUAAAUAUAUGCCGGAUCCAUUCUUCAAGACGUCUGUCGAUGACCAGCAUGCGACGGCCCAGCCGUCAAAAAAUGAGCAAGACGAUGUCGAGAGCAUCUUCACCGGGGAUAUUCCAUCACCGGUGGAAGACGAGACCUUUUCAGAGAUGGAGGAAGCUGUGGGGGGACGCUUGAGCAAGAAGAAGCGGAGGAAGCUUAUGAACGUGUUCAAGGGGUUCGCUGUCAAGAUGCUCCGCCAGUCCGCGGAGGGGGACGUUACGAAAAGAGGAAUCAAACUUGCCUCGAACCCUAGUGAGGCUGAAAAGGCUGCUGAGACGGUGCAUGCAGCCGCGGCUCUGAGCGAGAAGCGACAGCUGGAGAAGGCGGACGAGAAGCCAAACGAGAAGCCAAUCGAGAAGCUGGACGGAGCCAACGUGAUGCCCGAAGCAACGCAGACCAUUGAGCCGUUCGUAGCGCCGGUCACGUCUUUGAGUUCCCCGCCGGCGGAAGCAGCCGAGCAGCGCGCCGUCCAUUUCGACUUGCAAAGUUUCGAUAUCGGCAACGACUCGGAUAUCGCUUGUUGGCCGGCGUGGGAUGCGGCUUUUGCCAAUGGUAGCGGGGAUAGCUGGUUGGAACACGUGUUGGGUAACGGCACUCCUUUACAAGGACCUGUCGUCGAGGAACUAGACAAGGCGUUGGGAGUUGCGCCUUUGAGUAUUGACGGGGAUCUGGUACUAUUCCAAGACACGCCCAGCGCAUGA